GGUGGUACCACUUACGUUGAAACUUUUACCUGUUGGCAGGAAUCUCACCAAAGUGACAAUGUCUGGACGAACACAACAAGAGCAACAGAGAAUGCUGAACAACGACAGAUGUGACUCCGGAGUUGGACCAAGCCUUUGUGGAUUUACUUCAACAAAGUCGUCAUCUUGGUUG